GCAAAUUCCUCAGAAGGAAGAAGAAGAACGUCUUCGUUGUUUUAUUUGCUAGCUUGAACACGGUCAUGUUACAGUAUCACGGAUGUCAUUGAAAAAAAACAAAUGGCUGGUAGCAGGCUGGAGAGAGUUGGAUCUGUAUUCACUCGGGUUCGAGAUUUGAUGCGCUCUGGAGUCAUAAAGUCACCAGAAAAGCCCAUCUGGUAUGAUGUAUACAGGGCUUUUCCACCAAAGAGGAACCCACUUCAUGUGAAGCUAUACACCAGGCCCUGUAGCAAGAAACAGGAGACUGUGCCUGACAUCUUGUACAGAGAGGAUGAAGUUAGAGCGAUGUUCUAUGAGCAGUAUGGAUCAGGUCCUCGGCCAUUUGAGCUGUCCAAAUCAAAUUUUGUUUCUACAUGUCAGAGAUUUGUAGACAAAUACACCGAGUUAAAGUGUCACAGUGAGCUGGAUGACUCAUCGCUGUUUGAGAAGGCUGGGAAGGCUUUACUUGCAAAUGGCAUCGUGCUGAGAAGAAGAGGAGCUCCUCUUGUGUCAGCAGAAUCCAGGGAUCCAGUGCUUGAGUUGAAGCUAACAGACAUGUUGGCAGAGCAGCAGUUAACCAGUGAUGACAGCGAGAAGACCCCACCACACACCAUAGACCUCAGCAGUUCGACGACCAUUUGUUGAGCUGUCGAUUGUCCACACCAGAUGUGUUGUUUGACUUUUCAAAGCAGUAGUUCUGUGUUUGUGCCUCUGGAUGUUAUAAUCAUCUGUAGACAGUUUUAUUUCAUGACCUGUCUGUCAGGGAUCUCAGCCAACAUCAGGAACUCCUCUGUGGACUGCAUACCUGAUCCAUAUUUGCUACUCUGAUGUCAGUUAGAUAUAUAAUCCCCCAUGUUAUGUUGUCACUGAAGGAACAAAAGAAACCAUGAAUCUACACUUAUUGGCUCUUUUAUUGGGUAUUCGAUGCAAUACAAUGAAACAGCUCUGCCAUGAAUUGUACUUUACAGCAGUUAGAAUUGUUUGGUUUUUAUUGACACUCAAAAGGGCAAUAAUCCUACUUUAUUAAUUGUUGAGGACGUCGUGAGUGGUGAUGUUGUACUUAAGUACAUUACAUUCAAAGAUGUCUACCCUUCUCAUGUAUGUCAUUUGGUUGGAGAGAAUAAUAGGAACACUGAUAAAAUGCAGUCCUUUUCAGUAUCACUGUACACCACAUCGUCAGUAUUAGCAUGUAGUUGCAUUACUUCUCUGACAGUGUCAGUUAAAACUGUUAAUUGUUAUUAUUUUUUUCAAUUAUGGCAGAGCUGUUUGAAUUGAAUUACAUUUGACGCAUGUAGUUAAUGAAAUGACUCGUGAGUGUAGUAUAUUGCAGUGGAGAAUGGGUACAACAACCUGGAAAUAGUUUAUAUGCAUAUGUGGAGGUAUGUAACUGUAUGGAAGCUCAAUCUGAAAUUAAAGUUACUCUUGUAACCAU